AUGGCCGGUGUAUCAAGGUGGCUCUGGCUGGAGUUCGGGCAGUGCCAGGUUGCGCUGCUCGCGAAAGAUGGCAUCUACAUCGAGGACUUCCCGCGCUGGAUCUCGCACGUCUCCCUGCCCCCCGGAGGGCGCGCCGACGUCGUCGCGCGCUGCCCCGGCAGCAAGGACGGCUUGGAGCACACCGUGAACUCCCACGACUGGCCUGGUGUUUGGCCGAAAUCCUACGUGGGGCCCCUCUUCUCCAUCCGGUCCCUUCAGGGCUCCCAGAGCGCCCCAAAACGGGAGCUGGAGCCCUGGCGUCCCCAGGGAAGGCCCGGAUAUCUCCGGGACCUGCGCGAUGAAAGCGCCGACUGCGCCUGCAAGACGAUGCUUCACAUGAGGUGGAUCGAUGAUUUGCUCUUCCGAGGCACGAAGUAUCUGCAUCAGUGGCCCCGGGAUGCCGUCGUUCAGAGGGAGCUCUCGGGCAUUGACAGGCACAGCUUCCACCAACACACCUGGCCCUUCCAACUUCAGACGACGCCGGCCGGAGACGAUCCGUACUUCAAG